GAUUCAGCCAUAUUCCCACUGAGCAGCCACACCGGCAGCCAGCCUCAAACUACCGAAAACCCCGCUGAGAGCCUCCGGCGCGCUGCCACACGGUGUUAACGGCUGUCCUGAUUAAAGCCGAGUCUGUCCCGGAGCUCGCGGACAUGUUACCGGGCUGAUCGCCGAGCCGAGGACAUGGAGCAGCGGCGGCCAGUCUGAGAGUCGACGGUCUGACCGACAUCCCGAUUUGUGAGAGGAAAGUCCAGAUUUACCGGGAUUAAAGCCGAUGUGGAGGACGGCCGGACGCGGGCCUGCAGCCUGAGCGGCUCUCAACACGACGGAGCGGCGGUAACCGGCGGACACACCGACACCGACUCACCGACACCCAGACUGCUCAAAAUGUCGGGAAUGUUUUCCCGAAGCUAACGAGCUAGCUGCGGUUAGCAGGCUGAGCUCGGCAGGACUCGGCCGGAAACGGAGCCUGGGCGGCGGGUUACACUCGGACUGUGCGGCGGGGCUUGUUGUCGGUUUGCCAGCCUGAGCGGCGGGGGGACUGUCCCGGGUCAGGAUGUCGGCUCAGGUCCGUCUGAAGCGCCUGGAGGAGCUGCUGCUGGAGCAGAAGGCGGCGGGCUGCCUGAGCGUGGAGGCGCUGCUGGACCUGCUGCUCUGCUUCUACACCGAGUGCUCCCACUCCCCGCUGAAGAGGGAGAAGCACGUCACCGACUUCCUGGAGUGGGUGAAGCCGUUCACCGCCACCGUGAAGGACAUGCGGCUGCACAGAGAUGACUUUGAGAUGCUGAAGGUGAUUGGACGAGGAGCUUUUGGAGAGGUUGCCGUGGUGAAGAUGAAGCACACAGAGAGAGUUUACGCCAUGAAGAUUCUCAAUAAGUGGGAGAUGCUUAAGAGAGCUGAGACGGCGUGUUUCAGAGAAGAACGUGACGUCCUGGUGAAAGGAGACAGUCAGUGGAUCACAACUCUGCACUACGCCUUCCAGGACGACAACUAUCUGUACCUGGUGAUGGAUUACUAUGUGGGCGGGGACCUGCUGACUCUGCUCAGUAAGUUUGAGGAUCGUCUUCCAGAAGACAUGUCCAAGUUCUACGUCGCUGAGAUGGUGCUCGCCAUCCACUCCAUCCACCAGCAGCACUACAUCCACAGAGACAUUAAACCAGACAACGUCCUGCUGGACGUUAACGGUCACAUCCGGCUGGCUGACUUCGGGUCCUGUCUCCGUAUGAUGGAGGACGGCACGGUGCAGUCCUCGGUGGCGGUGGGCACUCCGGACUACAUCUCCCCAGAGAUCCUGCAGGCAAUGGAGGACGGGAUGGGCCGCUAUGGACCGGAGUGUGACUGGUGGUCUCUGGGGGUCUGCAUGUACGAGAUGCUGUACGGAGAAACGCCGUUCUACGCCGAGUCGCUGGUGGAAACCUACGGCAAGAUCAUGAACCACGAGGAGCGUUUCCAGUUCCCCUCCCAUGUGACCGACGUGUCCGAGGACGCCAGAGAUCUGAUCCAGCGCCUGCUUUGCUCGCGGGAACGUCGACUCGGUCUGAACGGGAUCUCCGACUUCAAGAGCCACCCGUUCUUCAGCGGGAUCGACUGGGACAACAUCCGGUCCGCCGAGGCCCCGUACAUCCCUGAUGUGUCCUCGCCCACCGACACCUCCAACUUCGACGUAGACGAUGACGUCCUCAAGAACCCGGACAUCACCCCUCCAAUGUCUCACACUGGUUUCACUGGUCAGCACCUCCCCUUCGUUGGCUUCACCUACACCACCGACAGCUGCUUCGCCGACCGUGGCUCCGUCAGCCGGGCGGGGCUCGGCCUCCGCCAGGAGGAGGGGGGAGGAGGAGGGCAGGAGGUGGAGGCAUUUGAGAGGAGGAUCCGCCGACUGGAGCAGGAGAAACAGGAGCUGAACCGCAAACUGCAGGAGUCGACUCAGGCCCUGCAGGCUCCGACUCGAGGAGGAACUCUGACUCGAGACAAAGAGAUCAAGAAGCUGAACGAGGAGAUCGAACGGCUGAAGAAGAAGCUGGCAGACUCUGAUAGGCUGGAACACCAACUGGAGGAGGCGGUCACACUCAGACAGGACUACGAGAGCUCCGCCUCCAAACUGAAGACCCUGGAGAGGCAGGUGAAGACACUGAGACAGGAGAAAGACGAAGUCCACAAGCAGCUGGCCGACUCUCUGGAGCGUCUGAGGAGUCAGACGAAGGAGCUGAAGGAGGCUCACUCUCAGAGGAAGUUGGCCCUGCAGGAGUUCUCGGAUCUGUCGGAGAGGAUGGCCGACCUCCGGUCCUCCAAACAGCGUCUGUCCCGUCAGCUCCGGGACAAGGAGGAGGAGAUGGACGCCCUCCUGCAGAAGAUGGACGCCAUGAGACAGGAGAUCCGCAAGACCGAGAAGAACCGCAAGGAGCUGGAGGCUCAGCUGGACGAUGCGAAGGCCGAGGCGUCGAAGGAGAGGAAGCUGAGGGAGCACAGUGAGGUUUACUCCAAACAGCUGGAGACGGAGCUGCAGAGCCUGAAGUCUCAGCAGGGUCGGGGAGCAACUGCCGGGGGAGCGGAGUCUCAGCAGGAGCUGUCCCGUCUGAAGGCGGAGCUCGAUAAGAAGAUCCUGUUCUACGAGGAGGAGCUGCUGAGGAGAGACUCCACCCACUCCUCCGAGAUAAAAAACCUCCGUAAAGACCUGCACGAGUCCGAGGGGGCGCAGCUCGCCUCCAACAAGGAGCUGCUGCAGCUCCGAGACAAGCUGGACAAGGCCAAGAGGGACAGACAGACGGAGAUGGAUGAAGCCGUCGCAGCUCUGAAGGAGAAACAUGAACGAGAGAAAAACCUGCUGACAGAAGAAAACCGCAAACUGACAGCUGAAACCGACAAGCUGUGUUCGUUUGUGGACAAGCUGACGGCUCAGAACCGUCAGCUGGAGGACGAUCUUCAGGACUUGUCGUCUAAGAAGGAGAGCGUGGCUCACUGGGAGGCUCAGAUCGCAGAGAUCAUCCAGUGGGUGAGUGAUGAGAAGGAUGCUCGAGGUUACCUUCAGGCUCUGGCCACCAAGAUGACGGAGGAGCUGGAAACCCUGCGCAGCUCCAGUCUGGGAACAAGACCUCUGGACCCCCUGUGGAAGGUGCGUCGCAGUCAGAAGUUGGACAUGUCGGCUCGACUGGAGCUUCAGUCGGCUCUGGACGCUGAGAUCAGAGCCAAACAGCUGGUUCAGGAGGAGCUGCGCAAAGUCAAAGCUGCCAACAUCAACCUGGAGAGUAAGCUGAAGGAGUCGGAGGAGAGGAGUAGGGAGAUGGGGGAGCAGAUGGAGGGUCUGAAGAAAGACAUGGAGGAGAGUCGCUCUCGCUCUGACAAAGGUCUGAAGCUUCCAGACUUCCAGGACUCCAUCUUUGAAUAUUUCAACACGUCUCCUCUGGCUCCUGACCUCACCUUCAGAACGACAGACAUAGACUCCACCCCCCAGAAAUCUGAGACCACGCCCCCGUCACCCUCCACCACCUCCGAACAUGAGGAAGUUAAAGCGGUGUCAGUCCCAGCGAGCCCCUCCCCCACCUACCAGAGCUCAGCACUGACCACACCAAAGCCCAAAGCUCACCAGCUGAGCAUCAAGACUUUCUCCGGUCCGACUCAGUGCACACACUGCACCUCACUGAUGGUGGGACUGCUCAGACAGGGAUACGCCUGUGAAGUGUGUUCCUUCAUCUGCCACGUGUCCUGUAAAGACCAUGCCCCCCUGGUCUGUCCGAUCCCAGCAGAGCAGGCCAAGAGGCCGCAGGGCAUUGACGUCCAGAGAGGCAUCGGCACCGCCUACAAGGGCUACGUCAGGAUCCCAAAGCCCAGCGGGGUGAAGAAGGGCUGGCAGCGAGCUUUCGCCGUGGUCUCUGAUUGUAAACUGUUUCUCUACGACAUCCCAGAGGGAAAGUCCACCCAGCCAGGGGUGAUGGCCAGUCUGGUGCUGGAUCUCCGAGAUGAGGAGUUUUCCGUCAGCUCUGUCUUGGCAUCAGAUGUGAUCCAUGCCACCAGGAAGGACAUCCCCUGCAUCUUCAGGGUGACGUCAUCGCAGCUGAUCUCGCAGCUCUCCUCAGUGUCUCUGCUGGUGCUGGCCGAGAGCGAAGUGGAGAAGAGGAGGUGGGUCAGGAUCCUGGAGAGUCUACAGAGCAUCCUGACCAAGAACCAGCUGAAGAACCAGCAGGUCCACGUCCUGCACGAGGCCUAUGAUGCCUCGCUGCCCAUCAUCAAGACCACGCUGUCCGCCGCUGUGCUCGAUCGGGAGAGGAUCGUCCUGGGAACAGAAGACGGACUGUUCGUGGUCGAGGUCACCAGAGACGUGAUCGUGCGAGCAGUAGACAGUAAGAAGGUUUAUCAGAUCGAUUUGAUCCCCAAGGAGAAGAUCAUCGCUCUGCUCUGCGGUCGGAACCGUCAGGUUCACCUUCACGCCUGGGGGGCACUGGAGGGCGCCGAGUCUGCCUUAGACAUCAAGCUGACGGAGACCAAAGGCUGCCAGGCUCUGACUACAGGGGUGCUCCGACCCGGAGGCCCCGCCUGCCUGCUGGCCGCUGUCAAACGUCAGGUCCUGUGCUACGAGAUCACUCGAGCGAAGCCCCACCAUAAGAAGCUGUGGGAGGUGCAGAGUCCAGGUGUGGUGCAGUGGUUGGGUAUGGUGAGGGAGCGGCUGUGUGUCGGUUAUCCUUCGGGCUUCGCUCUGCUGGCCCUGCAGGGGGAGUCGUCCCCCAUCAGCCUGGUGAGCCCGGCCGACCCGUCGCUGGCCUUCCUGGCCCAGCAGCCUCUGGACGCCCUGCACGCCCUGGAGGUGGGACCCAACGAGCUGCUGCUCUGCUUCAGCCAUAUCGGCAUCUACGUGGACGGACAGGGCCGCCGGUCCCGAACCCAGGAGCUGAUGUGGCCUGCCACGCCGCUCGCAUGCAGCUCUAACUCGUCCCAUCUGACGGUCUACAGUGAAUACGGGGUCGACGUCUACGAUAUUAACACCACAGAGUGGGUUCAGACCGUCUCCCUCCGCAAGAUCAGACCUCUGAAUGUUGAAGGGACGUUAAACCUGCUGAGUUCAGAACCACCUCGUCUGAUUUACUUCAGCAACACCUCAUCAGAGGGAGAACUCACCAUCCCGGAGACGUCGGACCACAGCAGGAAGCUGAUGGUUCGAACUCGCAGCAAGAGGAAGUUCCUCUUUAAGGUUCCUGAGGAGGAGCGACUUCAGCAGAGGAGGGAGAUGCUGAGGGAUCCUGAGCUGAGAUCAAAGAUGAUUUCUAAUCCGACAAACUUUAACCACGUGGCUCACAUGGGACCAGGAGACGGCAUGCAGGUCCUCAUGGACCUCCCUCUGGUUGGUGAUGUCACCUCUCUCUCCCCCUCCCCGUCUCCCUCCCCCUCCUCCUCCUCCUCCCGUCACACCCUCAUCUCUCCCCCCUCCAACUUUGAGCACGUCUAUCACAUGACUUCGGCGUCGGCCGGCGCCUUCUUGCAGAAAGACGCCUCCUCUUCCUCCUCCUCCCAGCAGAGCCUCCUGCAGCCUUCUUCCUCCUCCUCCUCCUCUCCCUCCACCUCCUCUCUUGGAAGGAGUGUGAUUCCUUCCUCUCAGGACGACCCAAUCAAAGAUAAGCCACGCCCACUGUCCAGUAUCUCCCGGCAACAGAGGACACACAUCACACGCACAGCCUCAGAUUUUGGGGGAGGGGCUUCGUCUCGCAGCAUCUCUGAACUGGACCAGGACCUGGACCGAGAGCCGGACUCGGACUCCACCAAACACUCGACCCCCUCCAACAGCUCCAACCCCAAGCCCCCAGCCCCAACUCCCCACCGCAGCCAGCUCACGCUGGACGGCCUGGACGGCCUGGACAUGGAGCCCUGAGGCCCCGCCCCCUGCACAGAGGCCCCGCCUCCUACCCACCAGAGGGAGGAGGGGCUAAACGAACCAAUCAAGCUGCAGACUGAGAGUUUAGAUUUUACUUGAUGAUUUUAUUGUGGCGGGGUGAGUCUGAGCUUCCUGCUGCUUUUAUAUUUGUUGGAUUUUACCUGCUGGGAAGCCCCGCCCCCUGGUUUUAACCCUGCCCCCUGCUGAUGGCUGCUGUGUGUUUGAUUUUUGAACUUUAGUCUGAUUGGCUCUGUGGGGCCAAUCACCUCCUCUUCUUCUUCUUUAUUAAAUAACUUCCUGUUAAGCUUUAGCGGGCUGUUAGCCUCUGAGCUAACUGUGGCUAACUUCCUGACAGACGGGAGGUCUCACUCUGAUGAAAAAACACUGUAUGAAUUAAUUUUAAAGUUUUGUUAAUGUUGCACAUCAUCAUGUUGUUGUUGUUGUAGGAGAAAAUUAAUCCUUGAUUUUGUGUCAGUGAAGAUCUUUCCUGUUGCACCCCCCUGACCCCGCCCUCUGACCUCUGACCUCAGGUCAGGUGGGGGGGCACACCUGAACACUACUGCUUUGUUUCUUCCAGAAUCACCAGUUAAAGAAUCUUUGUAAUUAUGAAACAUGUUAGCAGCCAGACUACAGAAACUCAAUAAAAGAAUCUGAAGAGAA